CCUCCAUGGCCUGGGGCGUCCAAGUUCCCCUUCUGUGUUUGGCCAAGGCUCUGUCUCCGUCACCCUCUGGCUUCCUGCUGGGGCUUCCUCGUUCCCUCCCCACAUUUGGGGCGCUUCCCUCCCCCGCAGAGGGACCUGAACUGGCUCUGUGCUAGCGGAUGCCUACAUGGUGCCGCUGCUGCUGCUGCCCCUGCUGUGGGGGGGGUCCCUGCAGGAGCUUCCAGGGUACGAGCUCCGAGUGCAGGAAUCAGUGGCGGUGCAGGCGUGCAUGGACGUCCUCGUGCCCUGCUCCUUCUCCUAUCCCUGGCCUCCGAGAUAUCUAUGGUAUUCCUCUGACGAACUCUUCAUCUACUGGUUCCGGGAAGGAGACCGCCAAUCCGAUGAUGCUGUGGCCACAAACGACCGAAAGAAACGAGUGAAGUCAGAGACCCGGGGCCGAUUCCACCUCGUCGGGGACCCCAGGGACAACGACUGCUCCCUGAGCAUCCAAGAGGCCAGGUGGAGUGACUCCGGAGUCUACUACUUGCGAGUGGAGAGAGGAUCUGUGAGAUACAGUUACAGAGAGAAGCAGCUGAACUUGCAGGUGACAGAGAAACCCAACAUCCAGUUCCUGGAGCCUCUGGAGUCUGGCCGCCGCACACCUCUGACCUGCAGCCUGUCGCUAGCUUGUGGUCAGCCACACUAUCUCCUGUUCUCCUGGGCGGGGGACAUCCUUGAUGCCAUGAACCCAGACACCCUCCACUCCUCGGAGCUCACCCUCACCCCGAGGCCCCAGGACCACGGCACCAACCUCACCUGUCGGGUGACACUCCCGGGAGCGCAGGUGACCCUGGAGAGAACCCUCCAACUCAACGUCUCCUAUGCCCCGAGGAACCUCCGCAUCAGCCUCUCCUUCAGAAACAUCACAGCCCUCAAGAUUCUGCAGAACGCCUCAUCUAUUCUCAUCUCAGAGGGCCAGGCACUGCAGCUGCUGUGUGUUGCUGACAGCAACCCCCCUGCACAGCUGAGCUGGUUCUGGGGAUCCCCAGCCCUGGAGUCUACCCCCGUCUCCAGUACCGGGGUCUUGGAAAUACCACAAGUAGCGGCUGGAGAUGGAGAAGUCACCUGCCGAGCGCAGAACCCUCUGGGCUCCCAGCAAGUUUCCUUCAGCCUCUCUGUGCAGAAAGGCCCCCCUCCCUGCAGCUGUGAGACUGAGGAGCAGCAGGGCUCCUGGCCCCUGGUCCUCACCCUGAUCAGGGGGGCCCUCAUGGGGGCUGGCUUCCUCCUCACCUAUGGCCUCACCUGGACCUACUACACCAGGUGUGGCAGCCACUAGGGAGCUGGGCUGAGGGGUGUGGCCGAGCCUGCUCUCUGUCAUGAGGAGAUUCAUCUGAGGAUGCAGAGCCCAGAGGACAGAUGUGGGGACAUCACUGCGAGCUUCUCCCUGGAAACUCUCGCCUCCAACCCUGUGUCAUUCGCAUCCACGAGCCUUCAUUUGUAGAGAAGACUGCGUGACAGUAGGAAGAUUCACUACCACUGAAAAGAGACUUUCUGACUUAACUCACUUAGUAUGAGAUUACUCAUGAUUUUACAUGUAUCAAUAACUCAUUGUUGGUUCUGCUUGGUUUUUGUCUUGAAAAUAGUAUUUUACAUGUGACUAUUCCUCCAGUUAUGUAUGGACUCUAAAAUACGAUGACAUUGCCUUUGCUUGCAAAUUUUGUCUCUUUCACAGUAACGUUGAUGUGAAUGGUGUGAUGAAAAUAGGAGGCCUAGCACUUUUCUCCUGGUGGGUGUGGAACUGCUUCAUCAUACAUUUGGCAUUUAUUUAGUUCGAGAAGGUAGCCUCAGAGAGUUCUUUUGAGUAGUUAGAUGAGUUUAUAUCCCAUGGUCAUAUAUGAGGGUUCUGAGCUUUCUAUACCCUCAGCAGCACUUGUACUACCUACAUGGUCCAUUUUCGGCACUGCACUCCACUGUGGCAGUAUCUCCUUGCCUUUUUAGUUUAUUUCCCUCACGUGCAAUGAUGUUGAGCCAUCUGAAUAUCUUCCUUAGGGAAAUUCCUGUUUGGAUCUUUGCCCAUUUAAAAAUAAAAAUUGGGCAGUCUUUUUCUUGUUAAUUGAGUUCUUUAGUCUGGAUGUGACUUUUUAAAAAUCAAAAUAUAACUGAUUUAUAAUGCUGUAUUUGUUUCACAGUACAGCAAGGUGAUUCAGUUAUAUACGUAUAGUCUCCUCCGAUUCUUUCCCGUUAUACUUUUUUACAAGAUUGUUAGUAUACUUCCCUGGGCUAGACAGCUGGUCCUUGUUGGUUAUCUAUUUUAGAUACAGCAGGGGGGCCUGGUGGGCUGCCGACUAUGGGGUCACACAGAGUCAGACACGACUGAAGUGAUUGAG